AUGGAGACCUCCCUGCGCUUUCUUGGGAUGCAACUUCAUGAUUGGGAGAAGCCCCACAAGUGCUUGGAGUGUGGGAAGAGCUUCAGGCGGAGCUCCCACCUGAUCAGCCACCAGAGGAUCCACACAGGGGAAUGGCCCUACAAGUGUGGGGAGUGUGGGAAGGGCUUCAGCUGCAGCUCCGCCCUCAUCACCCACCAACGCAUCCACACUGGGGAGAGGCCCUACGAGUGUCCCCAGUGUCAGAAGAGGUUUCACACCAGCUCCGAUCUCCUCUGCCAUCAGCAGAUUCACACUGAGGAGAGGCCCUUCCACUGCCCUGAGUGCAGGAAGGGUUUCAAGCGCAACUCCAACCUUGUUAGGCACCAGCGCAUCCACACUGGGGAGAGGCUCUACGAGUGUCCCCAAUGUGGGAAGAAGUUUCAGACCAGCUCCAAUCUCCUCCUGCACCAGUGCAUUCACACAGAGGAGAGGCCCUUCUGCUGCCCUGAGUGUGGGAAGGGCUUCAAGCACAACUCCACCCUCAUCAGGCACCGGCACAUCCACACUGGGGAGAGGCCCUACGAGUGUCCCCAGUGUGAGAAG